GGAGGCAGAAGGCAGUUUGAAGGUGCUGAGGAGUUUGGACAGAACAUAAAACAUUUUUGUUUUAGAGUUAAGAAACCCCACCGUUGUGCGCAUGUGCAUACCUGAGCGUGCUACACCUGUUGAAGCCACUUAUAAUCAGUGCAGGUCAUCUGACGGAGCUCUCAGUCAUGAAUCCUCCAACCAACAGGGACGAAACACACCCGCCAGAGCACCACAUGCCCCAACAAUCAUCAUCAGGAGGAGGAGGAGGUUUGUAUCUGGGGGCCUAUGAAGUCUCUUUCCCUCUGGAGGAGAGUAUCGAGAGACCACCUGCUUAUCACCUGAACCAGGGUCAGCAGAUGAUGGACGAGCCUGGGGUGCAAGAGCAUCCUUACUCUCAGUACAGCCCCUUCAUCCUGAUCUCUAACCUGCGAGCUCACCUGUAUGUCACUCUGGAGAAGAAUGCCUGGCUGCAGAAACGCAUCGAGGAGAUGGAGGAAGAACGCAACUUCCUGCGCUGUCAGCUGGACCGAUUCAUCGUCAGCAUGAGGGGUCCGGAGGUGACGGAGUGGUGUGGAGACUCUCAGCGGGCUGUGAAGGUCCAGCCUGCCAGCGCUCCCUCCCCUCCCUCCCCCAUGACCACCAGGUCUGGGAUGACCCUCAAGAGGCUGCAGGGAGCAGCACCUCGGACCCGCCGCAGCUCUGCCAUCCCUGUGAAGCAGGAGUUCCAUCUGGAGGAGGAUAAAUACUACACGGAGGACGAGUACGUGGAGGAAGAGGAGGAGGAGGAGGAGGAGGAAGAAGAUGAUUCGUCAGUGGAGAAGGGGUCAAAGAAGAAGGGCAGAGGGAGAGCUGCCGGAGAGCCGAGGAUGAAGAUGAGGAGGAUCUUCAGGAUCACCCACGGGAGGGAGAGACAGAGAGUUAAAGACCCAGAAGGGGUUAUGAUUCGCUAUAAGAAGAUCCUGACGACCUACCAGCGGGUGAGGAGCAUGUCCCGAGCCUUCCAGGUCCACGGAGUCGACAGAAACACCAUGGCCUCCACCUCUCCCAUCGCAGAGCUGCUGCUGGUGGCUCCAGAGAAGGUGGCGGAGGUCGGGGAGUUCGAGGCAUCGAAGGAGAAGCUUUUAGAUUACGCCCGCCGGUGCUACAAGACCAUGGACGACCAGACGCACGCCAAGGUGCAGGCCAUGAAGAAGACUCACAAGCUGCUGCCGAUCUCCUACAGGUUCAGAAACUGAGGGAUGAGGAAGAGGAAAGGCUGGAUGAGACGGGAGGCUUCUACACUUGUUGCAACUCUUAUUUUCCAUUGCCUUACAGUAAGAAGUGAGAUGUGAGAAUGAGAAGAUUAGAUGCCAAAUGACAGGAUUAAUUUAUUUUGAAAACAUUUUUUUACCAACGUGCUGCUUGAUUUCAAUUUCUAUUUCUAUACUUUUUGCAGCUGUUAUUGUUUUCUGUUUCAAUUCACUUGUAUUGAAUAUAUACAUUGACUAGAAGACGCAGUAUAUUGUGAAUUACAAUGUAAUUUUCAUUUCAAAGUGUACUUUGAAAGUCUGCAAACAUACAAGUUAUCAGAGUAAAUGUGUCAAAGACUGUUGCAUUUGUGUGGAAUAUUUUUGCUCUGGGAGUAUUUACACACACAAGAUGAUUGUUUACUAAAAUGACGGAUCUUUUGUUUUGUAUUUAAAAGAGAAAUAUUUAUUUGCUUUAUUCAUUUUUGACACAGCAUUUUGUUAAAUAUGUACAUUUAAUAUGUAUCAUUUGGAAAAAGAACAUUUCUUUAUUUAUAUAGCUCGUGCCUAAGUUAUAUAUUUUAUUUGAGUUGGCCAGAUGGGUGCGCAAAUGUUGGAACAUCUUGAAUUGUGUGGUGUUAGAAGGUUUGAAAUGUAACAUCAUGCAAGAAAGUAAAUGACUCUAAAUGUAUGAUUGUUUGAGGGUUU